UUAUCUGCUGGCAGCAGACGGUUCGCUUCGAGGGGAGCUUAAGAAGCUCCCGCAGAGGGGAGAGAGAGCGAGCGCAAGUGAAGGAGGCUGGGGAAAGGGAUGGAGAGCUAGUGUAACGGUCUAGGGAGCCAUUCGGGAUCCAGCCGAGAGGCUGCUGCCUGCAGAAAGGGGAAAGCAGGAGGGUCGAUUUUCAGGGUGCCCAGUGCCGACCUCCCCUAAGCAAGAACAUCCAAGGGACAGAGCAACCAGGAGAUCUGGGAAAGGGUGGUUGUCCAAGGGAAGCCCUACGCAACCCCCUUAGGAAUAAAACUGCCCCGCAGCAGUCCCAGGGAGUGAAAGCCACGGCUGUGGCCGCCUGUCGCCUGUUGCCGGGUUGGCGUUUGGAGCGAGAGGAGGAGGAGGAGCAGGAGAAGGAGGGAGCUGGAGGCUGGACGCGUUUGCCAGCAGCAGCGGCGGCAGCAACGUGGAGUAACCGGGCCGGUCGGCGUGCUCCGGCCGGGGUGGAGGCUACAGCGAGCGGCUCCGGGACAGGAUCCUCGCCUCCUGGGCAGUCGCUGCAGCGGCCGCCGCCGACCCGAGCGCGUCCAGAGCGCCCAGCGCGGCGCUGCGCAGCCACCUCCCCGCGGCGCGCUAGGCUCACUCCCCAGCGCGCGCGCACGCGCGCGCGCGCGCACACACACACACACACUCACACACACACUCACACACGUGUGCGCUCCUCCGCUCCCGAGCUGCUGUUGCCACUGCUCCCAGCGCCGCAGUGGACCUCGGGGCCCAGCCGCUCCUGCCUUAAAUAUAUAAAUUACAGCCGCGCGGCCCUCGCGCUGCGCUCGCGGCGCCCCUCCCGCGCGCCCGCCAGCUGCCAGCCCGGGACCUCUUCAUCUCUUCCCUCUUGGCUGGAGGAGCCGAGUUCAGAUCCGCCACUCCGCACCCGAAACUGACACACUGAACUCCGUGUCCUCCUCUCAAAUCCAUUUCUGCCUAAUAGCCACUCGUCUCUUUCCCCCUCCAACCUCGUCGCUCCAAGAAAACUUUUUCUUAUUCCCCCAAGUGAGAGUUCCCCCUACCCGUCGUGUAUUCAUAUUUCCACUUUGGGAACUACUGGCAUUUUCUUUUUAAAGGAAUUCGAGCAAGAUACCUUUUUUCCCCCUUAUUGGACAUUGAUUGACUCUGUUGUUUGCAAAAGUUUCACAUUAAAAAAAAAAUCUACCUGAUUUGUACUUUGAGACUGGUCUUUUCAUUUCUUCCUCCUUUUUUUUUUUGUACUUUUUUUUUUACUUAAAAAAAUUUUUUUCACCUUUAAAAAAAUGCACUACUGUGUGCUGAGCGCUUUGGGGCUCCUGCAUCUGGUCACGGCGGCGCUCAGCCUGUCUACCUGCAGCACGCUCGACAUGGAACAGUUCAUGCGCAAGAGGAUCGAGGCGAUCCGCGGGCAGAUCCUGAGCAAGCUGAAGCUCACCAGCCCCCCAGAAGAGUACCCCGAACCCGAGGACGUCCCCCCGGAGGUGAUUUCCAUCUACAACAGCACCAGGGACUUGCUCCAGGAGAAGGCGAGCCGGAGGGCGGCCGCCUGUGAGCGCGAGCGCAGCGACGAGGAGUAUUACGCUAAGGAGGUUUACAAGAUAGACAUGCCGCCCUUCUUACCCUCGGAAACUGUCUGCCCAGUUGUUACAACACCCUCUGGCUCAGUGGGCAGCUGGUGCUCCAGGCAGUCCCAGGUGCUCUGUGGGUACCUUGAUGCUAUCCCGCCCACUUUCUACAGACCCUACUUCAGACUCAUCCGGUUCGAUGUCUCGGCGAUGGAGAAGAACGCUUCCAAUCUGGUGAAGGCCGAGUUCCGAGUGUUUCGUUUACAGAACCCAAAAGCCAGGGUUCCUGAGCAGCGGAUCGAACUGUACCAGAUUCUCAAGGCCAAGGAUGUAGCAUCGCCAAACCAGCGCUACAUCGACAGCAAAGUCGUGAAAACAAGAGCAGAAGGGGAAUGGCUUUCCUUUGACGUGACCGAUGCCGUGCAUGAAUGGCUCCACCAUAAAGACAGGAACCUGGGAUUUAAAAUAAGUUUACACUGUCCCUGCUGCACCUUCGUACCAUCUAACAAUUACAUCAUCCCCAAUAAAAGCGAAGAACUAGAAGCAAGAUUUGCAGGUAUUGAUGGCACCUCCACAUAUACCAGUGGUGAUCAGAAAACUAUAAAGUCCACUAGGAAAAAAAACAGUGGGAAGACCCCACAUCUCCUGCUAAUGUUGUUACCCUCCUACAGACUUGAGUCUCAACAGUCCAACCGGCGGAAGAAGCGCGCCUUGGAUGCAGCCUAUUGCUUUAGAAAUGUGCAGGAUAAUUGCUGCCUUCGUCCACUUUACAUUGAUUUCAAGAGGGAUCUUGGGUGGAAGUGGAUCCAUGAACCUAAAGGGUACAAUGCCAACUUCUGUGCUGGGGCAUGCCCAUAUUUAUGGAGUUCAGACACUCAGCACAGUAGGGUCCUCAGCUUAUAUAAUACCAUAAAUCCAGAAGCAUCUGCUUCUCCCUGCUGCGUGUCCCAGGAUUUAGAGCCGCUAACCAUUCUCUACUACAUCGGCAAAACACCCAAGAUCGAACAGCUUUCGAAUAUGAUCGUAAAGUCUUGCAAAUGCAGCUAAGAUUCUUGGAAAGGUGGCAAGACGCUAAUCCCAUGAGGAUGAUGAUGAUGAUGAUGAUGGUAUGACAACAAUAGCAAUGAAACAUGAGAGAGCCUUGCUUCAUCAGUGUUAAAAAAAUUCUUUGAAAAAGCGGUACUAGUUCAAACACUUUGGAAGUUUGUGUUCUGUUUGUUAAAACUGGCAUUCGAAACAAAACAAAAACAAAAAAACAAAAACACGUUGAAGGCUUUAUUCUCCAUUUCGCCUAUUCUGUAAGUGAGAGAGACAAGAAGCAAAACCUUUUUUUUUUAAGAAAAAAAUAAACACUGGAAGAAUUUGUUAGUGUUAAUUAUGUGAAAGAAAAAAAAAAAAACCAACAGGAAAAUCCCGUUAAGUGGAGUUGCUGUACAUACGUUCCUAAUCCCGGGCCUCACUUGAUUUUUGUGUAUUGCUAUGCAAUAGGCUCCCUCCCCGUUUUUACUCUUAGAGUUAACAGUGAGUUAUUUAUUGUGCGUUACUAUAUAAUGGACAUUUCAUUGCCCUCGGAAAAUAAAACAGGUGUAUAAAGUGGAGACCAAAUCCUUUGCCAGAAAACUCACGGAUGGUUUAAGGAACUUGAACUCAAACGAGCCAGAAUAAAAGAGGUCAUAUGGACGGGAUGAAACCCCAACUGUGGCUGAGCAAGUGGGUGUUAAGAUACAGACCCUGAAAACCAUGCUAUGUACCAACUGCCUAAGGAAGCUUCUUGUAAGGUUCAAAGCUGACAAGCCUGUUAAUAAAGGAAACUUUCAGUCAGAAUAAGUCUGUAAGAUUUUUUUCUUCUUUUUCAUUGUAAAUGGUUCUCUGUCAGUUUAGUCCACCAGUGAAAUGUUGCAAUGUUUUGAUACAUACUCACCACACUGCAGACCUAGAAGUUGCUGUCUAGUUAUGCCGUAAGUUUUUCCUAGUUUCCGUAUAUGUAACCAUACCUAUAUUAUUCCAAUAGAUGGGUGUAGAAGCCAGUAUAAUUGGAAACACAUCUGCAAAUUUUUUUUUUUUGCAAACUAUUAAAUCAAAACAUUAACUACUUUGCAUGUAAUGUGUAAAUUUUAACCAUAUUUUUAAUGUUCUGUAAUAAUGUCAACUCUGAUUUAGAUUGGACUUAAAUUUGGGCUUUUUAUUUUAAUCACUCAGAACUGUGUUUCCUUUAGCUGGCUAGUACUUUUGAGUAAAGCCCCUAGAUUUUGACUUGCACUAAAAAUACAUGUUUUAUAGUAUUUGCUCCACUGUGCUUUAUAAAUUGUCCAUUGUUAUGACAUAAGCUACCGAGUCCACCUGUCCUUUUUCCUUUUACAGAAAAGAUAUAUUUGAGUUCAGUUGUCUUCCUUCAUCAUCAAAGCAUCAUUACUGAUCGCGUCAGGUGUUAAAAAGCUUCUGUUCUAGGAGAGUUCGGAAAUAAUGCAGGUACAGAGACAACUGAGGUGAAAUGCUUUAGCCUUAGCGAGGGCUGAAGGGUCUGACUGAAGCUGGGUGGCCGGGUACAGACAGGUUUCUCCUCCUGGUUCAAUCCGUAUUUGUACAGAAUCCUAUUGUUACCAAAAGCAGACAGUUCGUAGGAAACAUCUUUUAUUUUAACUAGGCUUUUAGUGUUCAGGGUUCAAUAGAAAGAUUUACCUUUUCAUUGAUUUUUUUUUUUAAGGAAAAAAAUACAGGUCAGUAUAAGUCAUUUAGUUUAUUUCACUGAAAUUAAGGUUCUUAUAGACAUUCUAGGAAGGUUGAAAAGGCACAAACCAAAUUCUCCCAUGAUCCAAAACUGCAGUUUUUCCCUGCGAAGGAGAGUUCUCUAGGUCUGAGGCUAGAGUUUACUUUGCUUUAAUAAAUGAUCUGCUACAUGAUUGCUGAGGAGGAACCUGAAGUCAGAGUUUAGCUCUAAGAUAAAAAUUCAUAGGUCAAACAAUGGAAUCUUUGCAGCUUCGUCUAAAAAGCGGCACAGUGAGGUAAAUCCAAGUGAAGGUGUUUGAUGUAGUAAACGUCUUUUUUUUUU